GCGCGGUGCUGUUAUUGUCCCGUUGUGCCGCUCGGCGGGUGCCUGCGCCCGGUGCCGCCGCCGCUGUGGUCGCCAUGCCGAUCAACAAGCCUGAGAAGCUGGACAAGCCAGAGAGCUGCGAUAAUGUCAAGGUCGUGGUUCGGUGCCGGCCUCUUAAUGAACGAGAGAAAGCCACAGGCUACAAAAUGGCAGUGAAUGUGGAUGAAAUGAGAGGAACUAUAACUGUUCAUAAAACAGACUCAUCCAAUGAGCCUCCCAAGACAUUUACAUUUGACACGGUGUUUGGACCAGAGAGUAAACAGCUGGAUGUCUAUAAUUUAACUGCAAGACCUAUAAUUGACUUUGUCCUAGAAGGAUAUAAUGGUACUAUUUUUGCAUAUGGGCAGACUGGAACAGGCAAAACCUUCACCAUGGAAGGGGUCCGAGCAGUUCCUGAGCUUCGAGGCAUCAUUCCCAAUUCCUUUGCCCAUAUAUUUGGUCACAUUGCCAAGGCAGAGGGGGAUACAAGGUUUUUAGUUCGUGUCUCUUACCUGGAAAUUUACAAUGAAGAAGUGAGGGACCUGCUAGGAAAAGACCAGACGCAGAGAUUAGAGGUUAAAGAGAGACCUGAUGUGGGAGUUUAUAUCAAAGACCUUUCAGCUUAUGUCGUAAACAAUGCAGAUGAUAUGGACAGAAUCAUGACUCUGGGCCACAAGAACCGUUCUGUUGGUGCCACAAACAUGAACGAGCACAGCUCUCGCUCACACGCCAUCUUCACUAUCACGAUCGAGUGCAGCGAGAAGGGGGUCGAUGGUAACAUGCACGUGCGCAUGGGCAAGCUGCACCUCGUGGACCUCGCCGGUUCUGAAAGACAGGCAAAAACUGGAGCCACAGGGCAGCGCCUGAAGGAAGCUACCAAGAUCAACCUCUCUCUUUCCACACUGGGGAAUGUUAUCUCUGCACUGGUGGAUGGCAAGAGCACCCACGUGCCCUACCGUAACUCCAAACUUACACGGCUCCUUCAGGAUUCUCUGGGCGGCAACUCCAAAACCAUGAUGUGUGCAAACAUUGGACCAGCUGACUACAACUAUGAUGAGACUAUCAGCACUCUCAGGUAUGCAAACCGAGCCAAGAACAUCAAGAACAAAGCCAGGAUCAAUGAGGAUCCUAAGGAUGCUCUGCUUCGCCAGUUUCAGAAAGAAAUUGAAGAGCUGAAGAGGAAACUGGAGGAAGGGGAAGAGAUAUCUGGUUCUGAGAGCAGUGACUCUGAAGAGGAGGAUGAAGAUGAUGAAGGGGAGAUUGGAGAGGAUGGGGAGAAGCGGAAGAAACGGCGAGGCAGUAGCAGCAGCAGUAGUUCAGACUCUACAUGCUCUGUCAUAGAGAAACCUCUGGAUAAGUCCUUCACUAAUCAAGCAGGCAAAAAGAAAGUUUCCCCUGAUAAGAUGGUAGAGAUGCAAGCAAAGAUUGAAGAGGAGAGAAAAGCUCUUGAAACUAAGCUUGACAUGGAAGAAGAAGAAAGAAAUAAAGCCAGAGCUGAGCUGGAGAAGAGAGAAAAAGACUUGCUUAAAGCUCAACAAGAGCACCAGUCCCUCUUGGAGAAACUGUCUGCACUGGAGAAGAAAGUGAUUGUAGGAGGAGUGGACUUGCUGGCAAAAGCAGAGGAGCAAGAGAAGCUUCUAGAAGAAUCAAAUAUGGAACUGGAAGAACGAAGGAAGAGAGCAGAACAGCUUCGCAAGGAGCUUGAGGAGAAGGAGCAAGAACGCUUGGACAUCGAGGAGAAGUACACCAGCCUCCAGGAAGAAGCACAGGGGAAAACCAAAAAGCUGAAGAAAGUCUGGACCAUGCUUAUGGCUGCAAAAUCAGAGAUGGCAGAUCUCCAGCAAGAGCAUCAGAGAGAGAUUGAAGGAUUACUAGAGAAUAUUCGGCAGCUGAGCAGGGAACUUCGUCUUCAGAUGCUUAUCAUAGACAACUUCAUUCCUCAGGACUACCAGGAAAUGAUUGAAAACUAUGUUCACUGGAAUGAAGACAUUGGAGAAUGGCAGCUGAAAUGUGUUGCAUAUACAGGGAACAACAUGAGGAAACAGACUCCUGUCCUGGAUAAGAAAGAAAAAGAUCCCUUUGAAGUGGACCUUUCCCAUGUUUACUUAGCCUACACUGAAGAAAGCUUGAGGCAAUCGCUGAUGAAGCUGGAGAGGCCAAGGACUUCAAAAGGAAGAUCCAGGCCCAAGACGGGUAGAAGAAAACGUUCGGCAAAGCCAGGAGCUGUCAUUGACUCUCUGCUGCAGUAGGUGUGACCUGUUCAGAAUUGCCGUAUAAAUCAGUGAGUGUGUAAGAUUGGGCCAGAAUAUGGAGUUCAAGAGGUGGCACAGUUUGGCUAUAAAAUCCAUACCUUGCUGGUAUGGAGCUUUAUUUUAAAGAAAUGUAUUUUUCCUUAGUUGCCCGUAUAUUGUAUGUUAUAUUAACAUAACAUUAAACUGGUAUAUAUGAUGGUUGUGAAAUUCUAUGUGUUAACGUGUUGUGCAGGGAAACUGUUGCUGGCAGUCCUUGUUGAGAUGUAGAAAAUAAGGGUUCUAGAUGCGUGUUUAAGUGCUGUAGAUGUGUUAGCUCAAAACAGUUGAUGAAAUCCUACAGUUAGAGGCAGGUAAAUCUGAUUUAUGCCCUGCUUUGCACAUAACUGGCAGCUUUCACUCUUGUCCUCUGUUGCACUGAUCUGUGUUUGAAUGUGGUUGCUGCAAACCUUUAGGAGCAUCAAACCCUUUUAUUUAAAUGCCCCUCACUGUGGCUAUUAACCUGAUUGUGUUGUGUAUGGAAUACACAGUCCUUUUCCCUUCCUUUGCUGUCUUGCUGUACAAAGAAAAAGUAGUUGCAUAGGGGAAACAUGCACUACAAAAGUCUGAGGCUUCUGGGAAGGGACCAUUCUCUGUUUAAGUGCAACAGAAAACAAACGUGUCUAAGUACUGCUUUUAUCUUUGUCUGUAUGCCCAUGAUCUGGCGCUGUGGGGAAUGGGGGCUCUGAUGCAAAGGCAAAAGAGCUCUCUUGGGUUUACUCUCCUGUUAAGGCUGUGUGGCAGCGUUGCUUUGGCUGCUUUUUGUGCUGUUGAUCUGGAAUUUUUUACAUGUAUGUGAAUUGUUUUGGAAUUGCAGCAGCAGAGAUUAUCUAAGGGGAAUGCUGUGACACUAGGACUUGGCUUCAGCCAUGGGACUGAGCAUGAUGGCUCCAUUCUCCCAUCCCUGGCUCCAAGGGCACUGAGCCAGUGCUCUGCACUGAGGGUGAAUUUGACUCUCCUGUAUUAAAACGGGCAUGAAUUACCCAGAACAGUAUCAUCCCUUGAAGUAGCUGGUGCUGUUUGUGUUCCUGUGUCAUCUCUGGUUCCUGGCUAUGCUCUGAUGAGAGGAAGCAAAUCCUGGUCUCUGAUAACAACCAUUUCUUUGUGGUGGCUGCUCUUUUCUUUGAUAUUUAUGCUGCUAACAGACACGUAUCACUUUAAUACAUUGCUUUUGUGUCACAGAAAAGGCAUUCUGAGCUGCAGGCACUGGAACAGCUCCUGUGCCAGGGUGGGGGUGGUCAGCUGUGAUUUCUUGUGAUCUUCAUGUUACCUAGAGAUGUAGAGAGCUGUGAUCACUAAUAGGAGAAAUAGAGUCCUCAAGCAUGACAGAAAGCACAAGACAGCUCCUUAGGUGUCCUGAGUUCUUACAUAGCCACGUUUGCAAUUACCAGAGUGUUCUUGUGAAGUACUUAGAGUAGCUAAAAGUCAAUAGCCCUUUCUUGUGGUCAUGCUGCUUAACUGGAUGUACCUUGUGGCUCUGGCAGGUCUAUAACAGGAUCUGUACUAGUUAAAACUGGUCCUGUAAGGGCACAUUUUGCUCUAGAGAUGUAUUCAGUCCUAUUCUAAAUGAGUUGUAAGCUCUUCCCUGUUGUGUUUUAGCUGUGUGUUUCAGGACAGUGAUGUAGAACUGCCCUGUUUUGGGGGGCAGUGUCACCAACGUUCAUACAAGAUCUGGCUUUGUUGCCUGAAUUCAUACAAGUUACACAUACAAACCGUGGCAUUUGGUUUCUCUAGCCUAACACUGAAAGAGGUAAAUACUCACAGGUUUUGUGGAUUUCAGCUGUAUUUGGCUUUGCUCUUGAAGAGCUGACCUUACUUUGAGAGUGCUUGGAUACACUUGGGCUCUCAUGUAACACACUUCCCAUCAAACAACAUCAAACAGCUUUGGUGCUGUUUUGUCUUAGGCUUUGUGUCAGUUCUGACUCCAAGCAGACAGAUGCUUGGUUUGGGCCUGUACUAGUUCACAGAACCAGGGCUAAUUGUUGUAUUCCCCUUGUGUUACAUCUGGCUGUGCUAAGCUUUGUUAAGUGAUCUGUUUAUAGGGGAGUUUCUGCUGAACUGUGCUUUCUAAGGGACCAUGAAGAAGUCUUUUACCUGACAGACAUCAGUGGCUUAAAGAUGCCACUGUGAACCAUGGCACUGCAGUUAAAAUACUUAGAACUUAACUAUAAAGGCCUCUGCUUUACAAUUUAAUCAAGUUACUGUCCUGCUGCUGAGAACAAUAGUAUUCCACAUAGUUAAGUGAGCCUUGGGCCAGCGAAUACAUAACUGCUUGCACACCUUUUAAUUGGCAGAAACUGGCUAUAAUCUGUUACAGGGGCUUGGGGAACAGAUUAUCUGCUCUUACAAGAGGACUUUAGUGGAGCUCUAUCAUGGUUAGGCUCUGUCAGCUUGGCUCACCUUUAACUGGUGUGACUGUUGCAAUUCUGGGCACUCUUUUGGAACCAGGGAGUCUGGUUUGCAGGGUUAGCACAUGGGCCCUCUCUAGCCCUGGGCUGUGAAUAUCUAAUGGAUCCAUGAUGGGUUUUAAUGCAGAAGGAGUUUGGUUUGUGUGGGGUUCUUUAAGAGCUUCACGCAGCCUUUCUCAUCCCAAGGUCAGUACAUGCUCUAGAGUAUUUACCAAAACCCAGAUUACCAUAAUAUAUACAGUGUGUGCUCCUCCUUGCAUCUUGCUACCAGAAGAGUCCCCUCAUUCCAGACCAUUGACUUUAACAUUGAGAGUUUUGGCGCGUUAUGUUGUUUAAUGUUGUGGAAAUGAAUUAUUUUGUAUUUAACUUGUUCCUGAUCCUUUCUUUAAGAGGAGGGGAAGAUGGUCCUUAGUGCCUUUCACUGACUACACUGUCUGCACGUGUCCAGCUUUCACCUUCUCAAGGGUUCUGCUUUGCCGGUCCUGUAUAUAGGAUAAAACACUAGUCUGUCUGUAUGAUUUGUCUUCCUAUUUAUUGGUUUUCUAACUGUUUAUUUCUGGUUAUUCUUUGGUUUAUGAUUAAACUUCAUUCAUUACACUGUAUAUAUCAGUAUUGUGUCCCUGGAGCAUGUCCAUACCAUGAAAUAAAACUCUGGAUUCCUAGUUG